UAUUCCUAUAGCAAAGGUGCCUCUUGAUCACCACAUGAUGAACAGCUCCAUGAUGCCAAGCUCACAUCCUCCUGAGCAUCACCACUCUACAGCAGCCCCAGGGCAUGAUCACGGAAGCGGGAUGAUGAUGAUGGCAAUGACUUUCCACUUCAGCUAUGAGAAUGUGCCGCUGCUCUUCUCCGGGCUUACGAUCAAUUCUCCUGGAGAAAUGGCUGGUGCUUUUGUGGCUGUCUUCUUCCUAGCCAUGUUUUAUGAAGGCCUAAAAAUUGCCCGAGAGUGUCUGCUCCGUAAAUCCCAGGUCAGCAUCCGCUACAACUCUAUGCCAGUGCCAGGUCCAAAUGGCACCAUCUUGAUGGAAACACAUAAAACCGUCGGCCAGCAGAUGCUGAGCUUCCCUCACCUCCUGCAGACCGUGCUGCACAUCAUCCAAGUCGUGGUCAGCUACUUCCUCAUGCUGAUCUUCAUGACGUACAAUGGCUACCUCUGUAUCGCCGUGGCAGCAGGGGCCGGGAUGGGAUAUUUCUUCUUCAGCUGGAAAAAGGCAGUUGUUGUGGAUAUCACUGAGCACUGCCAUUAAUACUGGGUGCUGCCCAGGAGCCUCUCCACCUCUGCUCUCUUGAAAUGCAGCCACCCAAGGACUGGAUCAUUCCUAAGCUGAAAGAGAACCAAUAGAAUCAAUCCAAGUUCACUACAGUUCCUGUCUGGGAUGGAGGGAAGUGAGGAGCUGGGGAUGCUGCUCCCUCGGGCUGCAGGCUGGCGGCUGGGCUGACUCUGGAGGAUCCCAUAGCCAUUCUUGGCUAGGAUUUGCUUUAUUCUUAGAUUACGCCGUGAUUGAAAUUAGUUGGCUGACAGAAAUAUAGAGGUUAUUCAUUUUUUAAAACAAAAACUUUUUUUUAUUAUUAUUUUUAAACUGUAAAUGCUUAUCACCUGUGAGGGUUUCAUGAACAGCAGGUAAAGAUGGAAGUUGCCAGGGGAGCCUAUGUGUGCAAAUGGCUAUAUUAUUUUA